CCCCCCCCCGUUCCCCGAUGGCCGCGCGGGAGCGGCGGAGGCGGCACGAGGCGACGGCCCCGCCCGGAGAGCAGGACUGGAGGGUCUGAAGAGCCCGGGGGGGGCCCCGGACCCCCCGAACCCCGAGAGCAGCGGCGAUGGCAGCCGGAACGAACCGGAACGUGAGGGCAGCCGGAAGCAACGGAGCUCUGUGUACCCCCAAUUGCUGCCCCUCCCCCCCCCCCCCCCCCCCGAACCCCGAAAAGGUGGGGAAGAAACGGGGGGGCGACGGAGACGCCCCCAAAGUGGCCCCCCGCGGGGGUCCCGGUAGGCGGGGCAGCCUGGAGGCUCCGCCCCCACCCGCCGCCGCCCCCAUCGCCCGCUGCGCCUCCGCCCCCCUGCUCUGCGCCCAGGAGCCCCCCCGAGGCCCUGUUCCCCCCGAGGCCGUGACCCCCACCGCCCCCGAACCGCGCAGGACCCGAACACGGCCGAACCGACAACUGCGCAGAGCAGCACAGGACUCCUCACGAGGCUCUCGGACGGCGUCGCACGGGCGGAAAGGUGAGUGCUGCCCCAUAGCUGCCCCAUAG